AUGCACACGGAGCCCCUGGAUGGCAGCCCGGCCCAGAUGGCCUGUGGGGAGCGGUGGUGGAGUGUGGGGAGCGGUGGUGGAAUUGCAGACAGCAGCGCCUCUCCUGGGCGCUCUCCUCCAAUCAGUGCAGACAGCAGCGCCUCUCCUGGGCGCUCUCCUCCAAUCAGUGCAGACAGCAGCGCCUCUCCUGGGCGCCUUCCUCCAAUCAGUGCAGACAGCAGCGCCUCUCCUGGGACAGACAGCAGCGCCUCUCCUGGGCGCCUUCCUCCAAUCAGUGCAGACAGCAGCGCCUCUCCUGGGCGCCUUCCUCCAAUCAGUGCAGACAGCAGCGCCUCUCCUGGGCGCCUUCCUCCAAUCAGUGCAGACAGCAGCGCCUCUCCUGGGCGCCUUCCUCCAAUCAGUGCAGACAGCAGCGCCUCUCCUGGGCGCCUUCCUCCAAUCAGUGCAGACAGCAGCGCCUCUCCUGGGCGCCUUCCUCCAAUCAGUGCAGACAGCAGCGCCUCUCCUGGGCGCCUUCCUCCAAUCAGUGCAGACAGCAGCGCCUCUCCUGGGCGCCUUCCUCCAAUCAGUGCAGACAGCAGCGCCUCUCCUGGGCGCCUUCCUCCAAUCAGUGCAGACAGCAGCGCCUCUCCUGGACGCCUUCCUCCAAUCAGUGCAGACAGCAGCGCCUCUCCUGGGCGCCUUCCUCCAAUCAGUGCAGACAGCAGCGCCUCUCCUGGGCGCCUUCCUCCAAUCAGCGCAGACAGCAGCGCCUCUCCUGGGCGCCUUCCUCCAAUCAGCGCUGACAGCAGCGCCUCUCCUGGGCGCCUUCCUCCAAUCAGUGCAGACAGCAGCGCCUCUCCUGGGCGCCUUCCUCCAAUCAGUGCAGACAGCAGCGCCUCUCCUGGGCGCCUUCCUCCAAUCAGUGCAGACAGCAGCGCCUCUCCUGGGCACCUUCCUCCAAUCAGUGCAGACAGCAGCACCUCUCCUGGGCGCCUUCCUCCAAUCAGUGCAGACAGCAGUGCCUCUCCUGCACACCUUCCUCCAAUCAGUGCAGACAGCAGCGCCUCUCCUGGACGCCUUCCUACAAUCAGUGCAGACAGCAGCGCCUCUCCUGAACACCUUCCUCCAAUCAGCGCAGACAGCAGCGCCUCUCCUGGGCGCUCUCCUCCAAUCAGUGCAGACAGCAGCGCCUCUCCUGGACGCCUUCCUCCAAUCAGUGCAGACAGCAGCGCCUCUCCUGGGCACCUUCCUACAAUCAGUGCAGACAGCAGCGCCUCUCCUGGGCACCUUCCUCCAAUCAGCGCAGACAGCAGCGCCUCUCCUGGGCACCUUCCUCCAAUCAGCGCAGACAGCAGCGCCUCUCCUGGACACCUUCCUCCAAUCAGUGCAGACAGCAGCGCCUCUCCUGCACACCUUCCUCCAAUCAGUGCAGACAGCAGCGCCUCUCCUGGGCACCUUCCUCCAAUCAGCGCAGACAGCAGCGCCUCUCCUGGGCGCCUUCCUCCAAUCAGUGCAGACAGCAGCGCCUCUCCUGGACACCUUCCUCCAAUCAGUGCAGACAGCAGCGCCUCUCCUGAACACCUUCCUCCAAUCAGCGCAGACAGCAGUGCCUCUCCUGGGCGCUCUCCUCCAAUCAGUGCAGACAGCAGCGCCUCUCCUGGACGCCUUCCUCCAAUCAGCGCAGACAGCAGCGCCUCUCCUGGGCGCCUUCCUCCAAUCAGUGCAGACAGCAGCGCCUCUCCUGGACGCCUUCCUCCAAUCAGUGCAGACAGCAGCGCCUUGUGGGGUCCCCCGCCUCCUUUCCACCUCACCCCUGUCCAUUUGUCUGUGGCUAUUGAAAAGAAUCCGAGCUUGUGUUCCAGCUCCUGA